AUGGCGGAUUUGGGGUCAAACGGCACUUGGAACCGUAUAAGAACCACAUUAAGAGCCGUCGAAGGCGAACCCCGCACGCCCCGAUGCUUUUGCGAAGCUGUGGACUCUGGCAGAUGGACGAUCGGACAAGGUCUGGACCUCAUGGAGCAGAUUUGUACCACCAUCUGGCGAAAUAAGGCCAGUCUUCUGGGUGCGUUUAAGUUCAUCGAAGAGGAGUGCGAGACAGGGCGGCUGAGCGGCCGCGUGUCCAAAGAGAACCUCAGGCGCACCUUGAAAUCCCUGAACGCCUCCUUGGAAGCGAGUCAGGGAGUUGGCGUGCACGGAGCUCCUUUGACCAGCGAUCAGAUCGACAUCAUAGUUGACCAUGCUGUCUUUGAUACGAACAACUCCUUGGAUUACGAGGCCUUCCUGGAGUCCUUCCAGAUUGUAGACAUGGGUUCGACCAGGGAAGUGCAGGAACUUACAGCCAAGAAGGGCGCGCCUUCUGAUCCGAGUUCCCCCUGA